AUGAGCAGAUCUGGAAAAUCAUUGACAAAGUACAAGAUUGUUUUUCUGGGGGAACAAGGUGUUGGAAAAACAUCUCUGAUCACUAGAUUUAUGUACGACACAUUUGACGACCACUAUCAGGCCACGAUUGGUAUAGAUUUUCUUUCCAAGACCAUGUAUUUAGAUGAUAAGACGAUUAGAUUACAGUUGUGGGAUACAGCAGGUCAAGAAAGAUUUAGAUCAUUAAUACCUUCAUAUAUAAGAGACUCGAGAGUCGCUAUUAUCGUUUAUGACAUUACCAAAAGAAAAUCAUUUGAAUAUAUUGAUAAAUGGAUAGAAGAUGUUAAAAAUGAAAGAGGGGAGGAGAACGUAAUAUUAUGUAUCGUCGGUAAUAAAAGUGAUCUGUCAGAUGAAAGGCAAAUCUCAACCGAAGAAGGAGAGAAAAAAGCCAAAUUAUUGGGCGCUAAAAUCUUCAUGGAAACUUCCACAAAGGCAGGCUAUAACGUUAAAACCUUAUUCAAAAAGAUUGCUAAAUCGUUACCUGAAUUCCAAAACAGUGAAUCGACUCCCUUGGAUACUGAAAACGCAAACAAAGGUGGAAAUCAAAACAAACCAGGUGUCAUUGACAUUUCUACCACAGACGAGCAAGAACAAAGCGGUUGCCAGUGCUAG